UAAAUUAGAGAAUCUAAUAGAAGCUAAUAAACGUGUUAGAAACUAUCAGCAGAGUGGUUUAGUUUCACUGUUUCAGGCGUUUCCAGCGGGCAGCUGUGAGCGCGGGCGUCGGAAAAACAUGGCGGAGCUGAAGGACUGUGCAGAACUGAAGCUCAUUGGCUCUUAGAUCCAAAGAAAGAUUGCAGCAUCAGUCAGCGUCGUCUGCCGGAGUUGAUGAUUCAACAGGAGAAGCCGUUAGCGGGCAGUAUGCCGGUGGUUUGGCCCACGCUGCUCGACCUCAGCAGAGAUGAAUGCAAACGAAUCCUGCGCAAACUGGAGCUGGAAGCGUACGCCGGUGUGAUCACUGCUCUGCGUGCUCAAGGAGAUCUCACCAAAGACAAGAAGGAGCUGCUGGGAGAACUCACUCGAGUGCUAAGUAUCUCGACGGAGCGUCAUCGAGCCGAGGUGCGCAGAGCGGUGAACGACGAGCGCCUGACCACCAUCGCGUAUCACAUGUCGGGGCCCAACAGCUCGUCCGAGUGGUCCAUCGAGGGCCGGCGGCUGGUUCCUCUCAUGCCCAGACUGGUUCCUCAGACGGCCUUCACUCUGAUGGCCAACACAGUGGCCAGUGUGACCGCACACCAGAACGCCUCGCUGCUGCUGCCCGCAGACACCGCCAACAAAGAAGUGGUGGUGUGUUACUCAUACACCAGCACCACCUCUACCUCGUCCAGUGCAUCGGCUCCCAGCAGCAGCAGCGCAGCGACUGUCCUUAAAUCCCCUCGACCUGCCAGCCCUGCCUCCAACGUGGUGGUGCUGCCCAGCGGGAGUACAGUCUACGUCAAGAGUGUGAGCUGCUCCGAUGAGGAUGAGAAACCUCGUAAGAGGCGGAGAACCAACUCGUCUAGCUCCUCCCCCAUGCUGCUGAAGGAGGUGCCUAAAGUGGCCACGCCCAUUUCCAAAACCAUCACAGUCCCGGUGAGCGGCAGUCCCAAGAUGAGCAACCUGAUGCAGAGCAUUGCUAACUCUCUGCCGCCGCACAUGUCUCCGGUGAAGAUCACCUUCACCAAACCCUGCACCCAGACCACCAACAGCACCACGCAGAAGGUGAUAAUCGUGACCACGUCUCCCAGCUCUAACUUCGUACCCAACAUCUUGUCCAAGUCGCACAACUACGCGGCCGUGUCGAAGCUGGUCUCCAGCGCGGCGCUCUCCGUCUCCAGCCACAAACAGACCAUGGUGCUCUCAGCCGGCUCCACCGCGGCCCCGGGGCCCAGUCCUGUCGCCGUGACGACCACUGUGUCCUCCACACCCUCAGUGGUGAUGUCCACCGUCACACAGGGCGGCUCCUCCGCGGCGGUGAAGCUGUCCUCCACUCGUCUGCCGUCUCCUAAGUCUCUGGUCAGCUCUCCGUCUCAGAUCCUGCAGAUUUCUAAAGCGCAGCAGCAGACGGCGGUUCAGUCUGCGUCUCCUAAAGGCCUGCAGACGUCUCUCUCGUCUCAUCAGAGCUCCAGCGCUGGAGCCAAACCCACCAUUCAGAUCAAACAGGAGUCUGGAGUGAAGAUCAUCACGCAGCAGUUGCAGCCCAGUAAGAUCUUACCCAAACCCUCCAGUGCUGCGCUGCCCAGCAGUAGCUCCGCCCCCAUCAUGGUGGUCAGCAGCAACGGCGCCAUCAUGACCACCAAACUAGUGUCCACUCCCACAGGCUCUCAGGCGGCGUACACGCGUCCAUCCGUCAGUCCUGCGCUCGCUGCUCGAGUGGCCACGUCUCCCGCCGGAGCCACGUACGUCAAGACCACCAGCGGCAGCAUCAUCACGGUCGUGCCCAAGUCUCUGGCCACGCUGGGGGGCAAGAUCCUCACCAGCAGCAUGGUGUCGGGAACCAGCACCAAGAUCACCACCAUCCCCAUGACCUCCAAACCCAACGUCAUCGUGGUGCAGAAGACCACCGGCAAGGGGACGACCAUCCAGGGUCUGCCGGGGAAGAACGUGGUGACCACGCUGCUGAACGCCGGGGGAGAGAAGACCCUGCAGGCCGUGCCCGGAGCCAAGCCUGCCAUCAUCACCGCGUCGCGGCCCAUCACCAAAAUGAUUGUGGCGCAGCCCAAGAGCCUCGUUGCGAGCGUCCAGCCGUCCACCAAAAUCAUCCCCACCAAGAUUGUGUACGGCCAGCAGGGCAAAACACAGGUCCUCAUCAAGCCCAAGCCCAUGGCGUUUCAGACGGCGGUGGUCAGUGAACAGACCCGUCAGCUGGUCAGCGAGACACUACAGCAGGUCUCACGCAGCACCGGUCAGGACGGGCCGUACACCGAGAGCAGUCCGGCAUCAUCUGACAGCGCUCACGACGCUCAGCCGGUGGUGCACCUCGUCACCUCCAGGGGGCAGGACUGGACGGAGCAGGAGGUGUCUGUGGAGGCCAGCCCCACCAUCAUCUACCAGGACAUGAGCGGAGAGUCUCAGUCGGCCACGUCCACCAUCAAAGCCCUGCUGGAGCUGCAGCAGACCAGCGUGAAGGAGAAGAGCGACGCCAAACCUCGCCAGAACACGAUCGACCUGAGUCAGAUGGCAGUGCCGAUCCCGGUGCCGGAGCGGAGACAGUCCCCGGAGCCGUCGGGUCAGAGCCCCGGAGACACGGACCCCGGAGCCCAACACAUCCCCAUCGGUAAAGUGUGUAAGGCUGUGAUCGGAGCAGACGUCACUGCGUCCAGCAGCCUCGGUCAGUCAGUGUCCUGUCCAUCAUCAUCAGACAAGAACAGCACCACCACAUCAGGACACGCCACACAACAGCUGAAGCCGCUGCAGGAGCAGAUGGUGGUGGAUGAGGGCGAGUUAGAGGGAGACACUCUGGAUCCACAGACAGGUUUAUUCUACCGCUCGUCUCAGCAGCACCGCAGUCCUCCACCCAAACCUGCAGGUGGCCCGUCUGACACGCCCACUUCCUCUAAGAGGGCGGAGCCACUGACAGCCCGAGUCUCCAUACAGAGAGCGUCUGCGUCUGCGUCUGCGUCUGCGCUCGUCUCCUCCACCCCUCCACACACACCGCAGCUGCCCAGACUGCAGCAGGCGCCCUCCUCACACAACCGGCCCAACACACACACGCAGCUGUCGCAGCCGCCGCCGCUGCAGGCGCAUCACCCCGUGGGCUCCAGCAAGACCCCCAGCAGCAGCCAGCUGCAGCAGCCCAUCAUCACGCAGGGAGCGUCCGUCACCAAGAUCACGUUCGGCGCUCAUCAGUGUCCUCCAGUGUCCAGCAGCGGCGAGGCGUCCGUCAAGCUCCAGCCAGAGUCCAGCUCCUGCCUGACAGCACCAGAGAAGCCCUCCGUCUCAGACAUCCUGAAGAUCUCCAUGAUGGAGGCGGAGAUCGAGCCCAUGGUGGUGGACUCGUCCAGUGACUGCGGCCCGCUGACCAAGACCCCGAGCACCUCGCCGCUCAUCAGCAGCUCCAAACAGACGCUCGCUCACGGAUCCUUCAGCCGUGUCAAGAGCAAAGACCAGGACAUCAUACAGGUGAUCCCGCAGUACUCCAUCAUGCCCGACUCCAGCCAAUCAAACGUGGUGGUGGAGCCCAGCGGCUUCCUGGAGAUCACCGACUACACCAGCCAGCGUCUGGACGAGGAGGCCGCCAUGGAACAGGAAGUGGACAGCAGCAACGACGAGGGGGCGGCGGCCAGCCCCAUGGCUGACCAAUCACAGUGAAGCCUGUGGAUUUGAUUAUUUCAGAGGAGAAAGACCUUCUGAUUGUGCUUCGUCACGUCUGUAUAGAGAAUCAUGCAGUGAGUUUGUGCUGGAGAGCCAAACCUUACUCUAUGGAGAAUCAGAUUCCUGAGGAACGAUAGGAAUGUUUCGGGUGAAUUCUAUUUAAAGGGACAGUUCACCCAAAAAUUAUUAUUCUGUCUCUGUUUACUCUCCUUCAGGUUUUUUUUUAAACCUGUAUGAGUUUCUUUCUUCUGUUAAACACAAAAAAAGAUGUUAUGAAGAAUGGUGGUAAACAAACAGACAUUUGUUCCAAUUGACUUCUAUACCAGGGAACAAAAUACCAUGGAAGUCAAUGGCUACCAGCAGCUAUUUAAAAAUGUUUAUUGAACAGCAGAAAAUAUUUUGCUGGACCCUAAAAAGUUCAUUUUCGUAAAAAAAAAAAUUACCGUAACCAAACUGUUGACGGUUGCCUUUGACUUCCAUAGUAGGAAAAAAAAAUACAAUGGACGUCAAUGGGGACCAAAAUAUUGUCUGUUGUUUUUAACAAUUGCUACAAGAUAUUCCACAGGAUUAAAAAUCUAAAUAGAUAUUUUGAAGAAUGUAAUUUAUCAAAUAGUGGACGGCAGCCAUUGACUUC